AUGGGCACCCUUGUCGGCCACGUCGCACCGGGGUUCGGGUUCCUCAUCAUCGGACUGUGGCAAUUGUUUAACCAUAUCAAGCUCUACUGCCAGCACCCCAAGUCCUACCGCCCGCCCAUCUGGUUUCCAGCCCCGAGGGUGAGACAUCUCGAGCUCUACCUCAUCAUGAUGGGCGGCUGGACCUCCAUACUAAUGGAGCUCUUUAUCGGCCCCUCCCGGCACCAGCCGCUCGAUCCCACCGAUUGGACUAUCCCCUCCAACCACCUCCACAAUUUCGAGCACGCCACGAUCUCCUUUACCAUCUUCACUUACGCUGCGUUUGCGCUGCACUUCGAUCGUGUGCGUCUGAGAGCUGGUGGGACGCUCUCAUUUCUGCUUGGCGCAUUGGCCUUCGCCGUUGAGCUGCUUCUUUUCUAUCUUCAUUCCACAGACCAUGCUGGUGUGGAGUGGCAGUACCAUUGGCUUCUACAGGUAGUCAUCUCCGUGUCCCUGAUCACGACGGUGAUGGGGAUCGGGUUCCCGACCAGUUUCACAGUGGGUUUCGUGAGAUCUCUUAGCGCCGUCUUCCAGGGCGUCUGGUUCAACGUGUUGGGUAUUAUGCUUUAUACUCCGAGGUUCAUCCCCAAGGGCUGCUCCCUGCAGUCGGACGACGGCCGGCUCGUUGUCCCCUGCGACGACCACCUCGCACUCCACCGCGCGAAGGCAUUGGUGAAUCUCCAGUUCGCCUGGUCUCUUAUCGCCGUUGUGGCUUUCUCAAUGUGGUUCUACUUUUACCUGGCGAAGAAGUACCCGGAAGUACCCGAAUACAAGUGCCUGGCUGCUAAGGGUGACCAGGAGGACUAUUUAUGGGAGUCACCAAAGAAGAUGCACGUGGAAGAGAAGCCUGACAAUUUCCUGGAUGUGGGUAAGUUGUUGAAGCCAAAGGACUUGGAAAGGUAA